AUUUUUGAAAAACUCUUUAAUCCUCCAGUAAGGAAUUGUCUGGCACCAUAAUUUAGUUUUCUGCAUGAUUUAUGCCAUCUUAUGGUUUCUUCUUUUGACUUUGAAUCACAGAGAUAGUGUUUUAGCUCUACGGGGCUCUGUUACUUUCUAUUUCAAUCGAGUAAUUUCUUUAAUGCAUCAGCUCAGUCAAAUUCUCUGUCUAAGCAAUUGCUCCCAAACAGGCACUUUUUAGAAAUUUUUUGAUAAUAUAAGUAAAGAAUUUAUCUUUUUUUUUCUUUUUUUUCCGGGAAGUAUCGAAAAUGAUCUUUGUUUACAAAACAUUAGUUAUUUACAAGGAUGCGUAACUGAAACUGUAACUCCGUUCCCUAAAAUUUUUUCCCUAACACCCACUGUGAUGUUGAGGGAGCAGUAUUAAUUUAAACGUUUUACACAAAUAUAAGAAUGAAGGAUGGUUAUCAAUCAGAAAAUAGUUCGCAUAACACAGUGUGUAGUUUAAUAGGGUACCAAAAUCAGAAAAUGUAUUUCAUGCUUUUCGGAUGAUAUUUAACCAGUAAAUUUCCGUUCAUGUUUUAUAUAUUUUGCUUAUCUAUGUGAUUUUUCCCAAAUACCGUGUAGUAAUUUCUGAUUUGUGGCUCUUUAAGUUAUACAGAGCAUAUUCGAAUGUGAUUAUUCAAACGACUGAAACAGAUAGGUAUGGCAACUUGCAAACAAACAGCUUACGAACUUAUUCAAGAUGUAUUUUCACCCUGUGUUGCAGUUUUAUGCAGUAAUGAUGUCGAACAAAUUUGUGCAAAAAAUAAUCUCACGUUUGUUGAGAUGGUCCAGCCGUUUUGUAGACUUACUACUGAAGUUACAAUAAGAGAUCCCAACAAUACGCCUAGUGCCAUAAAGAAUUUCCGGGUUACGAUGAAAGAUUUAUAUUCACAACCUCCAUCUCUUAACAUUGGUAAAAAAAUGAUGCAUGAUGCAGUUGCUUCAAAUAUUACACCAGCCACUGAUGAGUAUCUAAUGAAUACUCUUAAAACGGAGAAUUAUGACUUGAAGUAUUGUUCUUCUACGCCAUGGUUUGAAGCAUAUAGAGAAGUUUUUUUCCAUGUAACUUCUUCCACAGAGCAUGAAUUUGUCCAUAAUUACUUGUCGUGUGUGUGUGUUGUUUCCACGUCUCAUCAGGACCCUCUUAGUCAAAUAAAUGAACUGUGUCAACAACUAGUGCAACUUCAGCAAAAUACUCCUCAUAAUUCCAAGUGGUUCUUCUCUUUUGUAUAUACGUAUUAUGUCCUUUUACACGAUGUUUCAUCUGAAGAUUUAGCAAAGGCUGAAACUGUUUACCAAAGCAUGAAAAGUUCAUUUGGAGCUUCAUCGUGUCAUCUGCUCCAAAUCAAUUCCAUAACUUCUCAGGCUACCAGUUCUGUAGAUGAAUAUAGUGAAACAAUAAUGCCUGAUCCAUGGACUCAAUUUCUUCCAAAAUAUCGUGUACAGAAUGACACUGUUUCAAGUAAUCAUAUUGUUGAAGAAAACCAUUAUGAUGAUGUAAAUGAAG